UGACAGAAUGAAAUUUUCAUCUUUGUCUUUAGGAUCGAAGGUUCACGAAAGUCGUUCGACACAUUAUAUCGUAAUUCCUUCAGUUUUAGAUUGUCAUUCGUGCACCAAGGUUACUGGAGGGAAGCUUGGAGAUUCUAAACGUUCGUUUCAGUGUGAAUAUUGUUUAAAAUCUAGUUAAAUUGUUGUUACUUGUGUUAUUUUUCUGUUCCAACUUGUAAUAUUUGUUUAACAAGUUGUUUAAUUUCUAAAUACUUUAUAAGGAGGAGCACCUAUAACCGCUUUUUCGAGUUGAGGGGUACACACACUCAACUCAAUUCCUGCUAAGGAUUCUUUAGAAGUCAACAUUUUUAGAAGAGGACAAGGCGAAUUUAUUGUAAGUAUUAUACUAUAUACGAAUAUUUCAUUUAAUUCAUUGUUUUCUUUUUAUGCUGUUUAGUUAAUAUGUCUUAAUUUAUUUUUUUUCCUCACCAGCGUUUUUGAAAUAAUCGGUAGUAACGGGAUUAGUAGGUUAUUAACAUCGCAGCGUAUUUUUAUUCGCGUAUUUGUGUCAAUUUAAAAAAAUAUGCUCGAAUUAAAUAGUUUUCAUUUAUGCGGAAUAGAAGAUAUUCUGCGAUGUAUGGUAGUGCCAUUGGUUUAUUUGAUAAGAUGUCGUUCUUUUCAAACGAAUCCAAUGCCGAGUAUGUUUCAGAUUGUUAAUCACAUAACGAUUCAAAAGUGUGAAAGGUAAGUUGAAAUUUUUUCAGGAAAAUUCGUGUCGUUCUGUGAAAAUAACUGUCGAAAUAAUUUCGAAUAUUUUUGAACCGAUAUGUGGAGGUUAAGUUUUCGAUUUAACGAUUUAUUCAUGUAAUUUGAAAUUGCGUCAAUUAUUUUUUUUUUGGUCGUACAACUCCGCUAGGUUAAUAGGAAUUGUACUUUGGUCUAGAGAAUUGGUAUAAUUUUUUCCUUAGUAUAUACAGUUGUUGCUAAGGAAUAUUAAGCCUGAUAAUAUUAUCUUAAUUACCAGUUUUAUCAUUAUUCAAGGUCAAAAACCGUUCGAUAAGGGAGAUUUUCGUCAAGCGAUAUUUUGAUAAUUAAAUUUUAAUGCUGAGGUACCGUUUGGGUAAAAAUAUUUUUCCCUAUUUUCAUUACAAAAUCGAUUUUCAAUUUGUGUUUAAAACAAAAAUAAUUUAUUUUUUGUUCCGAUUGGAAACUAAAACUUUUCGUCUCGUAGAUAAAUUUUAGUUCUUAUAAAGGGUGUCUCAAUAAGAUUACACUAUUUUCUUUUCAAAUAGGAGUAAUAUUUUGAAUUAAACAUGCCUAGGAUUAUGUAUAUAUUUUUUUAUGCCAUUUUCAUUAUCGUUGACCUUGAUGCACAAGACCCUAUACACAAUUUUUAACUAAUUCGCAGACAAAUGCGACACACCCGUACUUUACCCGCACUGCCGGCGUGCGUUUGUAACGUUUUAAUAAAAUUUUGGCCGAAUUUCGAACGCUCUUCACGAGCGCGUUUAAAUCGCUUUACUCACUCUUCAAAAUCUGUACAAGCGAUAGAAACGCGGUAUAGUCGCGCGUAUGUAUCGCAAUACUGCAAUUUCAGCGUUUUCGUCAGGUUUUUAGAUGUUGGUGAAAUCGAGUGAGUUGAUUCAAGAGUGUUUACACUGUUAUGGAUAAAAAACUCUUAUAUGGAAUUUGUUGGCGCGUUGGAAUUUGUUAAAUGACACAAUUGAUUCAAAUAAACGCACUUAUACAGCGAUAAAGGCGCGCCAUAGUCGCGCGUAUGUAUUGCACUGCUACAGCGAUAUAGACGCGUACGUAGUCGUCAUUUCAAGAACUCAUUUUGCGUCUGUAAACCGAGUUUACAACAUUCGCAAGCGAGGGCAACAACGAAGGCGUUUUGCGUGCGUUCAAAUCGCUUUGUAAACGUGCUUGAACCGGUCUAAACGCACUAAUGAGACGAUAAAAACGCGCUGAAGUUGCUUAAAGGAGCGUUCCGUAGUCGUCAGUCCUAAAACUUCACGAACAAAUGCGACACUUUGUUCGCGCAUUGAAAUCGGAUUAAACGUGCUGAACGUUCGCUGUAGUUGCGCGUCUGUAUUACAGAAAACUUUGCUGUCUACAUCGCUUUAUUCGCGAAAGUUUGCACGUUAAAAUAUGUCGAUACAGACGCGCAUAUAAAUUCUCUGCGGUUUCGAUUCAAUUCAAAGUCAAACUGUGAACACGUGCGCGGCUUAGUCCGUUUGUACGCGCGCUCAAAUCGUUACAAACGAUAUAGACGCGUUGUAAUCGCGUGUAUUUUAUCCGUAUCUUCAAUUGUAAAAAUGUAGUUUCUUACGCUGAAAUGGAUUAUAAAAAGGACGAAACAAAAGAUUUAUGAAUUGCUCCUGGACUAACUUUGAACGCGCUUCACGCGCGCGGUUUAGUCGCUUUAUUCGCGCAUUCAAAUAGUUAGAAACUCGCUAAAGUAAGACUCAAAUUGAGGAUUAUACCAGGUGGCAGAAAAAAUACGUACGGACAAUGAAACAUUGUCAUUAAUGUGACACGAGAGACACGACACGUACGUGAGCUGAUGCGCAUAUGGCGCAGUAUUUAAAUUGACUUCACGAUAAAAAAUAUAUUGUUAGUUUCAAGUUCUGAAUCAGAAGAAGACGAUGAAUUCUUGUGGUCUCUUACUACCAACUUUUCAUCUGCCAACUGUGUAACGUCUACAACGCUAAGCGUUUGUCGUAUUACGCGAAUCGCCUUGUCGAUAGGCGCUAAAAUUCUCUUAAUUUCGAUUUGCGUCUUUCCUAAUACACCAACGUUGGUCAAAUUUUCUGAUUUUCAUUUGAUACUAUGUCAUUUCAAGGACGUCGUUUGAUUCUAGAAGCGGAGUUAAUUCAUAAGUGAAAAAACGCGAUAACAGCGAAAUUAAACGCGCGUUUUUAUCGCUUAUCGUGAACGCCCAAUCAAUACAAAGUUGCGUAAAAGAGCCUUAAGAAAUGAAACUACCACAACUCACGAUUUAGCGAGCAGUUGAUACCGGAAUAUCGAUUAUUCGACGUGAUAAAUCGAUUAUUGAGUGAGUGCGGCAGGUGGUGUCGUCCUGUGGAAACCACAUUCUCUUGGGGGUUCCUUUCUUGAUCUUUUCGUUUUUUCAUUUAAGUGGUUUAAUAAAAAAAAAAUAGUUAAAUUGAAGAUUUGACAAUAUAUUGUCACAUCGAUCAAAAAUAUUCGAAAUAUACGAAAAAGUUAAGUAUAACGCAUUAAUUUAAAAAGUGCCAUGUGAGGAAUAAUUUGAAACCAACAAAUCUAUCUACUAAUUCGUGAAUAUCGCGAGACAUCGUCAACCAUAUUGUGAGCGUACCUUACAAUGGUGACUAUUUGGUUACUACCAUUUUAUAAAAAUUUUUAGUGAGAAGAUACGUGCAUUACGAUGCAGUCAAAUAGAGACCGUUCCUCAUAGUUUGACUACCGAUGGAGGGGAAUCACAUGGAACUUUUGACAUUUAUGAUUUCCUUGAAACAGUAUUGACAAAAAAAUGUCUUAUUAUUUCGCUAUGUCCCUGUCAGCAUGGCCGCUGCCAACAAAACUACCCACUUAUGUGGAUCCUACCGAGAAAGUGUUUCCCACAAAUCGGCAAGAAAUAAACAUUUGUGGUACGAUAACGACAGGCCCUAUAAUGGACAAAGAGCAAUUUCUUGGAAACGAAAUUGCGGAUUUGGAUUCGUACGUUUGUGUAAAUCCGUACGACGUGAAUCCGCUAUUAGACAGUACAGAUUUGCGCUCUCUAACGCUACGAACCGAUAUUCCGCUCAAGGUCGAAUCCAGUGCCACUCCACCAAGCCAAUCCGCAAUAAACGGAGGCAUGUUUUACGAGACCCAAAAGAGAAUCAAAUUGGAAAUGGAGGAAUUUGGAGAUCUCUCCCCAUUCGUUUCACAAAGACAAAUAAUCUCAAAUUCCGUACAUGAACUUCAAACACCGAUUUUUGAUAAGUCUGCUUUCGAUUACAAUUCAAGCAUCUAUCAGAAAAACGCCCAGGCAGAUUUACACGUAAAGUUGAAAUACGAUGCACUCUACCUCGGCAAUAAUCGCCAAGGCGAUAUGUCACAUAAUUCGGAGAUCACGCAUCGAAAUAUUCCAACUUCAAAUAAUAAUCAACAAUAUUAUGAUACAACUAUAUAUUCACCUACAUCAGAAAAUGGUACAUACAUCGAAAGGAAAUCGUCUAGUGCUACUUUGUUCGAUUUCGAUAUGAACGAUAGUGUUAGUGUUAAUUCUAAUGGACAUUCUUCUUAUCCGUCGCCUACGAUGGACACUAAUAAUUUAAUGACGGUUGAAACACCCAACGAAAUCGAAGAAUCGACUUCAACGUCGAAACCUCGACUAUUUUUGGAUAUUGGAUUGAAACAACAAUCUAAUGUUUAUGAUAUUAACACGCCCAGUAUAAUAGCCGAAGUAGUCAGUUUGGAAUCGACCGGUUUCAAUAUCUUAGAUCUUGUUAACGACGAUCAGCUCGAUUUGGUAAACACUGACAUCUUUACGACGACUACGACAACACCUUCCCCGACGCCUAUGUUUAUUACGAACCAAUCUGAGUGUUUACCAACUUUAAAUAGAUCGACAGAAAAACGACCGAAAAAACGACGGCAGCUAAGCGACGACGACGAAGAUUACGUUCCACCUAUAAAGAAAACUUCGAAGAAUGUAGUUCGAAGACGUAAAACGUCGUAUUGUACAGAAGUCGAUAGUGACGAGGAGGAAGAAGAGAAACCGAAAAGGAAAGCGAGGGGAAGGCCGCCUAAAAGAGCUGAAUCUGUUUCAUCGGAAAGUUCCAAAGAUACAGAUAUUUCAAAAUACAGAGAAUUGAGAGAUAAAAACAAUGAAGCUUCUAGAAAAUCUCGACUAAAGAGAAAAAUGAAAGAAACCGAAUUGGAAACUGAAGCAAAUGAACUUCACAACCGUAAUAUUAAAUUGAAAGCACAAGUUGAAGAACUAGAAAAAAUGGUUACUAACUUUAGGGAUAAUCUUUUUAAAAUAAUGAUUAACAAGUAGUUGAUAUAAGUAUUUUAACAUAACAUAUCUAAUAGAAACUAUAUUUCUUUGCAAACUAUGAAGAUUUGUUAUGUUUUUUUUUUAAUUUAAUAUAUAGUCAUACAGUGUGUUCAUAGAUUUCAAAUUUCUAUAAGAAACUUAUUUUGGUACACACUAUAUGAUAAUUUUUUACUAGUUCGUUUACUAUAUCGAUUUGGGUAUUUUUUUGGGUGGACCUGGCUAUUUGUUUCAUUUGGGUUCACCCUGAGAUCUUAUAGUAAGAUCGACUUGUGUGUUGAUACAUAUUUUUUUUAUUAUAUUAAUGAAGAUGAACACUAACCGCACGAAACUGUUAAAAUGUAUGUACCUGCAUAUACUGUUAUUAAAGAUAUAUUUUGUAGAAUCUUAA